AUGUCUGUCAUGUCUACUGCUGAUGCUACUCCUACCAAUACAACGGAUUUAUUUAAUUCACAUUCCUCUUCUAAAGGAAAAGAAAAGGAAGAUACUACUACUUACAUUGUAUCACAACAAUCUCAAGGAGAAUCUGAUUCUUAUACCAAAGAAGAUAAAUUGAAGAAAGCAUCUGGAAUGUUAUUUGGAAAACAACAAGAUGUCACUGUAGUUGUUGCUGAAGGUCGUGAUUUAUACGAUGGGCUCGAUGUUUACUUUGAUGCAUCAACGAGAGUACAAUUUGAUCGAUCAACUUCAAACAUCUAUAAAUCAAAUGCAUACCUUCGAUUCGAAAAAGCAAUCUAUCUUGAUAGAUAUCUUGAUAAGAAUCGAGAAAUCUUACGUAAUUUAAUUAAGGAAGCAAAUGAAUGGAGAAAAGAAAUUGAUACCUUACAAGAAGAACUUAAGGAUUUUUCUCGUGAUAAGACGACCUUUUUAUCAACAGUCGAUUUACUUAAAUCAUCGGCUGAAUUUGUUCAAUCCUUAAAAAAUGAGGAUUUCAUAAUGGAUGAAAAUUUUGGACGGGAAUUAGAAGAAGAAAGUGAUUGGGUGGUUAAAAAAAUAAAUG